CGCAUACAAAAUUAUUUGUUGAUUACAGUCAGUUUUCUAUAUGAGUCCGAAUACAAAAGGCAGUUAUUUUUACACUUUCACAAGAAUAUAAAAAUCCAAAUUACUUACGUUUUAGUGCAUAGUCAAACCAAAUUUUAAAUAAAAAACUACAUUUAUAAUGGAUAAGAACAAGCCCUCAUUGCUGCCCUAUAUAAUGGACCUGCUCAGUCGUCAGCCACAUCUAUUCACCUCCAAGGAAGAGUUGAUCGAGGGCAUCAGGGAUGUUGUGCUCGAGGAGCACAUCACUCCAUUCAGCACCCUCCAGCAAGCUGUGGACUUUUCCCUGGAUGUGGGCGUCAGCCUGGGCAUCCUCUCUUUGACCGACGAGAGGGUCUGUGUGCCCUUCAACUACCGGAAGUGCCCAGCCAAAAAGAAAGUACCCGCUGGUACCCGGAUCUCGCCCCAAGAGGGACGCCGGGCUAUCAAGCAGCGGAUGCCAAAGGCAGGGCCACCGAAGCCGUUGGACAAAGUCGUGGGGAAAAGGUGCGCUAAGCCACGAAAGACCGUCGACAAGGCCAAGACAAGGAGGAAGACGGGCAAGGCAGCUCAGAAGAAACCGUGCUAGAGGAAGCUAAGUCCAAGUGAAUGGGCCGACCCAGACAAUAAAUCACCGUGCCGUACGACGAUCCGUA